AAGGUCGAUUUGACGGGCGGAUUUAAUUUUUACUGUGUAUUCCUGCUACUAGCGUGGACAUGACGGUGUCAUACUCAUCAGUCGUCGCGACUGCUAAGUACUGGACUUUCAUAAGGCUAUUGUUUAUGUGGAAGGGAAGUGUAUACCGUCUGGUUUGGUUCGAAUUUUUUGUUUUCGUUGGGAUAUACACCGUUUUGUCGAUUACUUACAGAUUUAUAUUAAAUGACAGCUUAAGAACGGGUUUUGAAAUACUGUGCAUCUAUUGCGGUAAGUACAAUGAAACAGUUCCUGUGGCGUUUGUCCUUGGUUUCUACGUCUCGUUAAUUGUUCAACGUUGGUGGGAACAAUUCUUAUCUUUACCGUGGCCCGAUCGCUUGGCAUUAUUUCUAACAGCGUUUUGUCAUGGGAACGCUGAACGCCCGACAAGAAUUAGAAGAAAUAUUGUCCGCUACGUCAAUCUUUCUUACUGUAUUGCUUUACGUGCCAUCUCAUCUCGAGCUCGCCUACGUUUCCCAACAGAAGAACACCUUGUUAGUGCAGGUCUAAUGACACAAGAAGAAUUGGAUAUUUAUCGUAAUACUCAACCGUCUAAUUACACUUUAUAUUUUGUCCCACUUGUCUGGGCAUUAGACAUGAUAACAAAAGCUCGUGAAGAAGGAUAUAUUCAUUUUGAUAGAGCUGUUGAAAUUCUAACCACUGAGAUAACAGGAUUUCGUGGUAAAUUAGGUACAAUAUUUAGUUAUGAUUGGGUUAACCCACCACUUGUAUAUACUCAAACUGUUACAAUAGCUGUAUACGCAUAUUUCGGUACAUGUUUACUUGCAUGGCAGUAUUUGGAUCCGGCUAAAAAUUAUGAAGGUCAUGAUGUUGAUAUAUAUGUGCCAAUCUUCGGUCUCCUACGUUUCUUCUUUUAUAUUGGAUGGCUUAAAGUAGCUGAAUCAUUAAUUAAUCCAUUUGGAGAAGAUGUUGAUGACUUCGAGAUUGAAUACUUGAUUGAAAGAAACUUACAUGUUUCGUAUCUUAUUGUUGAUGGAAUGCAUCAUGAGCACCCUGAUCUUGUGCGUGAUGCCUUCUGGAAUACAACAGAUAUUGUAUUACCCGACUGGUCAAAACUUGGAUCUGAUAUUGCAACUGUAGAAGGCGAUUUAGAUGUAAAUGAAAGUGGAGAUAAAUUUGCUGGUUCAUUGGCAAAUUUAGAAGUAUGUGAACGUAAGCCAAGUACAGCGGUUUGGAAUAGUGCAAAUUUACACAGACGAAGAACAUCUUCAGCGAGUACUAAUGAGUAAACAACAGAAAAUCUCCGCAGGUAUGACGGAGCACUCACUACUUCACUACAUUCUACCAACAACAACAACAACAACAAAUAAUUAAUCUAAUAGUUCUUCUCUAUACAAACUACUGAAAUAUUCUAUUUAAGUAGAAUAUUCUCAAAACUUCCAGAUAUGCAGUUUCUUUAUCGUUUCGGUGCAGCCCUAUCCAGCAUAUAUACUGUUACUGAUAUAUAUAUUUUAAUAAUACAAUUUAUUUUUUUAUAUUAGACAAGUCAAACCGAUGACUCUCUCCCUUUGUCUCCAUUUCAUGCGUGUGUAACAUAUCGUAUUGGUUAAUGAUGUUGCUGUGAUUAUGAUAAGAUACAAAACACUAGGACAGAUCUAUUUCUUACUGGAUCUUUAGUUGAAUUCAACCUUUAAUUGUUGUGUUUAAACGUUUGUUCAGGGGGACAGACAUUCCACUUCUUGAUAGUGUCACGUCAAAAACAUUUUCUGCUUCCAUUUUUCAUUGCUAGUUUCUACUUUUGUGACGACGUUUAUUUGGAACUUUUGAUUACUCUUGGUAUCUCGUAUGCAAGUGCUUAGUGUCGCUUAAUCUGUCCCCCUCCC